CUCACUCAAUUCGCUUUAGCCAUUUCAAAAUGAGUUCGACUUUGUCUUAUCUAGCUGGAAACGCCUUUCAGCGAGCUUUUUUAGCUUCGGCGAUUGGAAGCGAUAAGAUUGGAAGCCACGGACGGCAAAUGCCCGGAACUUGUCGGUCGGUCGCCAGUUGCUGGAGAACCGUUAUUCGAUCCGGACCCGGAUUCACGCCCGGACAGAAAACCGUUUGUUGAUACCCGGGCUAGGCUUAUCAGUCACUGCAAUGGAUCGCUCGACCACGCAAUUCGAUAAAUACACCAAAAUUUGGAGUGGACCAAGGCCGGCCAGUUUCUUCGAUGUGGACUGUUCGAUUGGUAAAAUUCUUUUUGCCUUUAUGCGGAAUCAUCCGAACAGCAUAUGUCAGAUCUCCGAUACGGAAGGCACAGCCUUAACCAAUGGCGAAGCUAUCACCUUUGCCAUUCGCAUUGCCCAGCAACUGAAGGCUAUGGGUCUGAAACAGGAUGAUGUGGUGGGCAUCGUGGGGACCAACACUACCUACCUCAUGCCAGUGGUAUUGGGAUGUCUGCUGAAUGGAACACCCUUCCAUGCGGUUAGUCCCUGGCAAGACGAGGAUACCAUAAAGCAUCUGUUCUCCAUCACCAGGCCAAAGCUAAUCUUCUGCGACGGAAAAUGCUUCCAGCGACUGAGCAUCAUAGCCAGGAUACUUAAGAGCCAUGUCUACACGCUCAAGGAUCAUCGACUGGGCAUGCCGCGAGUCGAGGAUUUGCUGGAGCCAACUAGAGCAGAGCUGUACUAUGUACCCGAAACCCUUCUCCUGGGAGGUGAUCAUACAGUGGCUAUUCUCUGCACUUCGGGAACUACUGGUCUACCAAAGGCCGUUUGCAUUAGCAACUCAGCGUGUCUCUUUGAUUUCGGCUUUGUUACUGGCCAGGAUGUGCUGCUCUCCUUCAGCACCAUCGACUGGUCGGCGGGUAUGUUCAACAUGCUCUUCAGUUGCUGCCAUGGUUCUACGCGGAUAAUCACGGAUCGGCCAUAUACGCCGGAAUAUAUGAUCCAGUUGGUGGAGAAGUACAAGGUGACCUUGUUGACAGUGGUGCCGCAGCAGGUGGCCUCCCUGUUGAAGACGCCCACUCUCAAUAAGCAGCGCCUAGCCAGCAUACGUUUCGUCAGCGUUGGCGGUGGCUCCUGCUAUGUGGCCAAUCUUCUGAAGCUGCAGGAGUUCCUGAUCACCGGGCAGAUAUCCUACGGCUAUGCCUUGACCGAGUGCGGAGGUGUGGCGGCAAAUAUGGGAGUGGCGAAGCCUUCAUCGGUGGGCAGGAUUGUGCCCGGAGUGAGGGUUAAGAUCUUGGACGAAGCCGGUCGAAGUCUGGGACACGGAGAGACGGGUGAGAUCCUAGUGCACAAUGGCAAGGUCUGGAAUGGCUACUACGCCAAUCCCAAUGAAUCGAAGCGCAUGCAGGACUACCAGGGCUGGUUCCACACCGGAGAUAUGGGCUACUUCGACAACGAGAACUACCUGCAUAUCGUGGAGCGAAAGGAGGAUCUUCUGCGCUUCCAUGGCGCCCAGUAUUGUCCCCAAGAAAUUGAGCAGGUCAUCGCUGAGCUGCCGGACGUGAUCGAGGCCUGUGUCUUUGGCCUGUGGAACGAGGUGGAUGGUGAUCCUGCGGCGGCGGCUGUCGUCAAAGUACCUGGCAGUCGUCUCACCGAGAUGGAUAUCGUGGAAUAUGUGGCCAAGCGCCUGGUGGUCGACCACAAGCAGCUUCACUGCGGCGUCUUCUUCCUGCCCGAGCUGCCAAAAACUGGAAGUGGCAAGGUUCUACGUCAGCAGGCACGCGAUCAGGCACUGGGUAAAAAAUGGGCCGAUCACGGCAAUGGCCACUAAUCUUUUCAUAGACAUAAUUCUGUUAGGCUUAAAGACAAUUAGUUAUUACCAACGGGUGACUCAUCCAGUCAAGACAUCAAGAACUGCCGAAAAAAAAUAAAAUACGCACACAAACAUAA